CUGUACCCAGAUCCAUUUCUUUCAGCUCAUGUUGUACUGUACGAGUUAUGUUUACAAACGUCCGCCUACUUAGCGUUCUUCUCCUGGAUUUUUCAUAUCGUUGCGUUCACAGCUCUUUCUGCUGUAUUCUGCCAAAUCGUUUCAAAACAAGCCGUAGGCUCCGGCAUUCCAGAAGUGAAAGUAAUUAUGCAUGGUUUCAAAAUGGACAAUUACCUAACAUGUCGCACCCUCAUCGCUAAAAUGGUCGGGUUAACAUUAGCAAUGGGUGGUGGAUUGCCUAUCGGCAAGGAGGGCCCUUUUGUCCACAUGGGUGCAAUUGUUGCCACCUUGCUCUCCAAAAUCACUGCCUCAUGCCAGUAUUCUGCGUUCUUUUCAAACGAGGGACGAGAAAUGGAGAUGUUAAGCAGCGGUUGUGCCGUUGGGAUUGCCUGCACAUUUUCGGCACCAAUUGGAGCUGUACUCUAUGCUAUCGAAUCAACAUCAAAAUACUUUGCGGUUAAGAAUUACUGGAGAGGAUUUCUGGCUGCUACAUGCUCAGCUAUUAUUUUCCGAUUUGCAAACUUCUUUGUCACAGCCGAGCAAUCAGGUAAGUGUAAAUCUUACUUAUUCAUAAGUGGUAUGAUGGGCGCCAUAUUCAUCUUCGCACAUCGUCAUAUAUCCAUAUUUCGACAACGUAACAAAGUGUUCAAGAUGAUAUUCAAGAAUAAGUGGGUUUUGUAA